AUGUCACCAAACCGAUCGUCCCCCGCAAAGUCCCCACAGACUGAUUUCUCCAACGAGUCAACGAUCAACGACAGCGUUGAUCCAAGUGCUUACCGCGAUCACCCAGAUGCGCCCUUACCAGCUGGGGAGUCGCAAGGAUCUGAAGACUUAAAUCAACAUCACCCUCAAAGUGAAGAAUCUAUUUACCGAUGUGAAAGUGGUAGUGUGGCCGAGGUCCCGACUGUGCUUGCGCAGUCAGAGCCCCGGCCUAUCGAUGACGAUUAUGAAGAUGACGUUACUGCAGCCUCAAGGCCCCGCCGUGCAUGGCAAGUCUUGUGGCUGCGCAACAAGGGAAUGGCGCUUGUCUUGCUGGCGCAGAUGUUCGGGGCGUCUAUGAAUGUGAUGACGCAAAUCCUGGAAAUCCACAGUGCCAUGCAUCCGUUUCAGGUCUUGUUCGCUCGCAUGUCUAUAACAGCAGUAGCAAGCUAUCUCUACAUGUGGUGGGCAUCCGUCCCAUCCCCAUUCGGAACCCGGCCAGUGCGAAUGCUUCUGCUUCUUCGCGCCACCUUCGGGUUCAUGGGCGUUUACGGACUCUACUACUCUGUACAAUAUCUCCCGCUCUCUGAAGCAACCGUGAUCACCUUCCUUGCACCCAUCAUGACCUGCUAUGCGUGCUCACUUCUCAUUCCGGGCGAAACCUUUUCACGACGCCAGCAGCUAGCCGCGCUAGUCUCGCUCGGCGGUGUGAUUCUCAUCGCACGACCCUUCAGCAAACGCACCCCGCAAACCGUCACCACAGCCCCGACGGCCGUUGCCGCAUGGGCCAUGAGUCUGUCCGCGCACGACGAGACGCCCUCAGAUGCAGACUCGUACCACCACGUCAUGGCGACGAUCGUCGCGUUCGUGGGUGUGAUCGGAGCCGCAGGAGCGUAUACGUCUAUCCGCAUGAUCGGACGACGAGCACACCCGCUCGUCUCGGUGACUUACUUUUCGUCUGUGACGACAAUUAUCUCCUUCGUCGCAAUGGCGACUAUGCCCUGGGUGCCAUUCCGUUUGCCAAACUCGGCCAUCGAGUGGACCUUGUUGACCGGCUUGGGCGUGUGUGGCUUCAUGCUUCAAUUCCUGCUCACGGCGGGAUUGUCAUAUGUUCCUCCUGCGUCGGUGUCGAGUGGUAAGCCCGGGAACCAGGGGACCAAGGCUACUUCGAUGGUUUAUAUGCAGAUGCUGUUUGCGCUAUUUUACGACAAAGUUGUUUGGGGGAGUACGCUGAGCCCAAUCAGUUGGGCUGGGUCGGCGCUGAUCCUUGCCUGCGCCAUUUAUGUUGCCGUUGCGCAGGAGACUGCUCCCGCUCAAAGGGUCGAGGCUCCUGUUGAGGAAUAUCGGGAUGAUGAGGGCUACAAGGAUGUUAAUGAUGAAGAGAGGGCUGCAUAG